UGGUACCUUAAGGGUGUGUGGGUGUCUCUGGCAUGCUGAUGUACAGCCUCUUGAUGCUGCCCUACCCAGCUGGAUCUGUGACUCCAGCUUCCUCGGCCCUGUCAGGAUGUAAAGUGCUCUUUCUCAAUAUCUGACUGGGGCUGCCAGGGAUUUGGGGAUUGGUCUACAAACCUAGGACUCUGGGUCAGCCUGGCCAGGUGAAGCUUUUCCCUGAGAUGAACUGGAAUUGGAGAAACAGCAGGAGAUGCCAGACCAGGGUAGGGCUGGUCUUUCCUGAUUUGUCAGCCUGUUUCCCUAAGGGGAUGCAGCUCGAGGCAGAUUCUGGGCCAUCUAGUUUCCAAGAAUGAGGCUGGCCAUGAACCUGGCUGCCUCUCAUGUAGUGCUGAGGCUGUUCUGGGAAUCUUCCAGGUGUUUCUGCCAUGGUUCUAGGUCAGUGGAGCUGGCUUAGCAUCUGCCAUGUUCCUUGCUCUUUCCGGUCUUUGUGGAUUGAAAACUAGGAGUUAUGGCAUCUACUCUGUGGAAGGGGUGUGUCCCAGUAUAGUCCAGCCCCUCCCUGGACCAGGGCCUCAUAUACCUGUGGGCGUUUUGGAAUCAACUGCUGUAGGACCAAGACUGCAUUUCAUCUUGGGCCACAACAGUUCCCCAGUCUGGACUCUUGAUUCCCACCUGCCUAGGAUCUGUGAGUUUCUGACAUCACCUCAAUCAUAGCCCAGGUACGUCUAGGGGCUGGGCUGAGCUGAGCUGGGGCAGGAUGGGAAUAGAAUCCUUCCAUUCUUGGAAUGAGAGAUCCUCCCCUCCUUGCUCUGGGAAGACAUGGAGAGUAUAUGGGUGUAGGCCAGCACUGAAUACUAGACGCAGCUGACUAUGCUCUGGCUGGCAUGGGUCAGUGUUACUCAGACAUGCCUGUCCCCAGGCUUUCUACUUUGGUAUGGAUUGGCCCCGGGCCCUAUUAACAGUACUCUGGGCUCUGUGGGCCACUGGGGCUACUGCGCUGCGCAUUGGAGCCUUCAACAUCCAGAGCUUUGCUGACAACAAAGUGUCAGAUCCGGACUGUGGCAGCGUUAUAGCACAGAUCCUAGCUGGCUAUGACAUCGCCCUGGUGCAGGAGGUCCGGGACCCAGACCUGAGUGCUGUCUCCCUGCUCAUGAAGAAAAUUAACAGCGUGUCCAAGCAUGAGUACAGCUUUGUGAGCAGCAAGCCGUUGGGACGAGACCAAUACAAGGAAAUGUACCUGUUUGUCUACAGGAAAGAUGCAGUGUCAGUUGUGGACACGUACCAGUAUCGCGACCCUGAGGAUGCCUUCAGCCGCGAGCCUUUUGUGGUCAAGUUCUCAGCCCUCAGCGCUGGUGAGUUGACUCCGCCCCCAGCCCCGCCCAUUCCAGGCUUAUCGCUCCCCUUACACUCCCCACCUUCCGUAGCCAUGAAGGAGCUGGUGCUGAUCCCGCUGCACGCAGCGCCCCACCAGGCCGUGGCAGAGAUCGAUGCUCUCUAUGAUGUGUACCUGGAUGUGAUUGACAAGUGGAGCACUGAUGACAUGCUGUUCCUGGGUGAUUUUAAUGCCGACUGCAACUACGUGAGAGUGCACGACUGGGCGUCAAUCCGCCUGCGAAGCAGUGAGAUCUUCAAGUGGCUCAUCCCUGACAGUGCGGACACCACAGUAGGCAACUCAGACUGUGCUUAUGACCGAAUUGUUGUAUGUGGCUCCCGGCUGCGGAAGAGUGUGAAGCCCCAGUCAGCCACAGUUCAUGACUUUCAGGAGGAAUUUGGCCUAGACCAGACCCAGGCUCUUGCCAUCAGCGACCAUUUUCCUGUGGAAGUGACCCUCAAGUCUCACUGACAGCUGAAGCAUGGUCAGGACAUACCACCUGCAGAUCCUGACCACAAGGAAUGGUCCCAUAAUGGAUCAUUCAUGGUAGCAGGCCUCCCACUCAUUGAAGAUGCAGGGAAGGAUCAGCUGGUGUGGACCAAUGGCCCUGGACACAUUACAGGAUUACUCAGAGUCAAUGUCCUCAUCUCUAAGAUGGGUUAACACCACCUACCUCAUAGGGUUAUUGUGAGGAGGAGUACCUGUAAAGGGUACCAGAGCAGUGCCUGGCAUACAUCAAUGUACUUAAUAAACAAGCCACUCUUGGCUAGGACUA